ACACCUAAAUUAGAUGAUUAAUUAACUGACUACAGAUCUAUUCUACUUUGGAAAAGCUUAAAUUUGAUGGGGAUUCUUUGGCCUCUGAAAUUGAAAAUACAUUGAGAAUCAUUGUGAGUUUUCGCGUUAAGUAUUAGUUUACUGUACUAGAAGUAGGUUCUGGGGACUAUUUACUUUCGACUUACUUGAUAUCUUCUUCUAAUAUAUGUUUUAUGUAAAUUAUUAGGUUGCUGGAGGAGAUGGCACUGCAAGCUGGCUCCUUGGAGUAAUUUCUGAUCUUAAACUACCUACGCCACCUCCCGUUGCUACCGUACCUUUGGGAACUGGAAACAACCUCCCAUUUUCUUUUGGCUGGGUAGGAUAAUUCUUACCAGUUACUUGACUCAUUUAAUUAGUCCUAUCAAACAGUUUUGUCUUUAAUUUUGUGGAUUGAUUUCUUCCUUCCUUGUCUAUUUUCCUGCCAUGAUGUAAUCAAUCCUGUAUCUCACCUACUACCACUGCCCAUAGGGAAAAUCUUUCAAUGGCAUUUCAAGGAAAAUGUCAUUUUUCAUUAUCUGUCCAUCAUCCCCAAUUAAUGUUAGUAAUGUAAUUCUAUUAGGAUGAUCUUGAUGGAGUGGGGACAUUUUUAAUCCUAUGCUGCUAAUUUUUAUUCCUAAAUAUUAUUUUCCGUAUUUCCGAUCUGCCAAUUCUUUCCAUGAAUCUUUUUGCCCCACAAGUGUACAGGUAAUGUCUAGAAGUUUCUCCGCUUGACAAGUGAUCACCUCCAGCUGUCUCAAUCUAGAAAUGGCGUUUCAUAGUUAAUGUAGUGUAGGUACUGGAAGAAUCAGUUUAACUCAGACUUAGAAUCUCAUGCCUUGCAUUUGGUUAAUUUGUAGGGAAAGAAAAAUCCUGGCACAGAUCGUCAAUCUGUGUUGUCAUUCUUGGAGCAAGUAAAGGCUGCUAAGGAAAUGAAAGUUGACAGUUGGCAUAUGAUAAUGCGUAUGAAGGUUCCCAAAGAAGGUUCUUGUGAUCCCAUUCCACCUCUUGAACUACCCCAUUCCCUUCAUUCAUUUCAUCGCGUCUCUCAAUUUGAUGAAUUGAACAUGGUAAGAUUUCAUUUCCCAGUAAGUAGUUAAGAGUAGCAUUUUUUUUUUUUAAUUUUUUAUCCCCUUUCUUUCUUUCUUUCUUUCUUUUUCUUUUUUAUAAAAUUUUGUUAUUCAAAUGAAAUGAGAUUGCUUGUUAGUUGUUACACGUAGCCUUGAUUUAUAUUUUGGAAAUGAACCUGUGGCAGUCUUCUCUUGAAACAAGAAGGCAUAUCAUGAGCAGUGAGGGUAUGCUGCUCUUUGUCAAGAAUUUCAGCAUUCC